GAUCAGAUAUGGGUUGCAGACGCACAGACUGCCUCUCCAAGCCUCUGUCAAACCUUUUUGGAAAGCUCGGAGCAGCGGUAGGCUCCCACCCUUAUUAUUUCUUCGUUAUUCCCAUCCUUCUCACGGCAGCUCUCGGUGGAGGCUUCAGUUUCGUUAGAGAGAGGGAGGACAAUGAUCUUGAGCGGCAGUACACGCCUAAGAAAGGGCCUUCAAAGGUAACAAGAAGCUUCAUAAAAGACAAUUUUCCCUUCGAUUAUUCCAUGUUUUCUGAAGAGAGGAUGUAUGAAAUGGGCAACUUUGCGUCCAUCAUCGCCGUGGCGACCAGUAACGAUGGCGUACUUGAAAGUCCUGCCUUUGAGGACGUCGUCGCUCUCAACAACAAGAUCCUAGAUAUCACUGUGGACGAGGGGCGGCUGGGGUUCGAUGAUCUGUGCGCCAAGGCCCACGGAGAGUGUCUCUCCAACAUCGUCCUGGACGUCGUUGACUCCAGUCGAACCAAUGGAACCAACUUCACCUACCCAGAAUAUACGUACAGGUCCAGCUCGGUCUUUCUGGGUCCUGCGUUGGGGGGCGUCGUCACGGACGGCAACAGCACGGUCAGAAGCGCUCAGGCUGUAAAGCUACUCUACUACCUUAAUGACCAGAAAAACACUACUGAGAAGUCGGAGAUGUGGCUGAGGAGCUUCAAAAACAUCCUGUCGGGGGAGAUGGACAACAAACAGAUUGACGUGUCUUACUACACCUCCAAGUCCAAGCAGGACGAGAUUGACGGUCACACCACAGAUGGCUUCCCCUUAUUCCUCAUCACGUAUGCCUGUGCCAUCACCUUCUCUGUGAUAUCCUGCCUGAGAAUGGACAAUGUGAGGAAUAAGAUGUUGGUGGCCGUCUUCGGCGUCGUCACCGCCAGCCUGGCGGUCGUGUCCUCGUUCGGCUUGCUGCUUUACAUCGGAGUUCCUUUUGUCAUAACUGUGGCCAACUCUCCGUUCCUGAUCCUCGGUAUUGGCCUCAACAACAUGUUCAUCAUGGUGUCCGACUGGCAACACAGCCAGGUGAACGACGCGGUACCGAAGCGGCUGGCUCGCACCUACAAAGACGCCGGCUUACCGAUCACCAUCACCGCCCUGACGGACGUCCUCAAGUUCUUCAUCGGAACCACGUCCGACUUCCCCUCACUGCAGUCCUUCUGCUGGUACACGGCCACCUCCAUCUUGUUCUGCUACUUCUACACCAUCACCUUCCUGGGGGCCUUCAUGGCCCUGAACGGCCGGAGAGAGGCCGGAAACAGACACUGGCUGACCUGCAUGAAAGUGCCCUCAGAAAAAACCGACGACCAUCCGAAGAUGUACAACCUCUGCUGUGUGGGAGGUGAAUAUGAUGAGGUCACGGGAGCAGAGAAGAAGAAGCAAGCGACCUAUUUCUUCAAGGAUUAUUACGGCCCGUUUUUGAUGAAAUCCUGGGUGAAGGGAUUGGUUAUCCUGAUUUACAUGGGUUAUUUAGGUGUAAGUAUUUACGGGUGUUUUUCAAUACAGCAGGGGAUUGAGCUUCACGAUCUGGCAGCAGAUAACUCGCAUGUUACAAAGUUCAUUAAGAAGGAUAGGGAGCACUUCUCAGAUUAUGGUCCAUCGAUUAUGAUUGUUGUGAACAAGGAAUUCGAUUACUGGAACAGGAGCCAAAGACUGGGACUUCAGGGAUGCAUCGAAAACUUCACAGCCACCCGGUUCGUAGAUCCCAACAUCUACACCUCUUGGCUCGACUCUUACUUGUCAUACGGACAAGAGAGAGACUUGGACCUUGACGAUAAAGAGGUUUUUCUCGGAAAUCUCACAAAUUUCCUUGAGGCGUUUCCUAUUUUUAAGCAAGACGUGAACCUCACUGGAGAUGCCAUCUAUGCAUCGCGGUUUUUCAUCCAGAUCGUCGAUCUUGCCAACGCUCAAGAUGAUUUCGACAUGUUCAACAGUCUCACCUACAUUGCAAAAACAUGCACUCCAUCUCUCCUAGCUUACCACCGUAUCUUUAUCUUCUAUGACCAGUACGACGUGGUUAUAAAAACCACCAUUAAAAACGUUAUGGUGAUCACAGCUGUGAUGUUGCUCAUCUCCCUCCUGCUCAUCCCCAACCCCAGCUGUUCCUUUUGGGUGACCAUUUCCAUCGGCUCAGUGACCGUCGGGGUGACGGGUUUGAUGACGCUUUGGAAAGUCAACCUGGAUUCCAUAUCCAUGAUCAUCUUCACCGUCUGCAUCGGCUUCACCGUCGAUUUCUCCGCCCAUGUGGCCUACGCCUUCGUCUCCAGCAAAAAGACCAGCGCCAACGAAAAGGCGGUGGACGCCAUCUCCCAUCUGGGUUACCCCAUUCUUCAAGGUGCCCUCUCCACCAUUUUGGGGGUGUUGGUGUUGGCUAUGUCGGAGUUUCACACCUUCAGGAUGUUCUUCAGGAUCUUCUUCCUGGUCAUGUCUCUGGGAAUGCUUCAUGGCCUCGUUUUCAUCCCAGUCAUCCUCUCAACGUGUACAUGCAGCACGGAAAGUGCAGAGACGAUAAGUGCGGAUGAGUGCGAAGAGAAGGACUUGAAAGUGAGCAGACUCUGACCACUAGAGGUGCUGUGGAGCACUUUGAGCAGGAAGACUGAACUGCAAAUCCCUUUAAAGCAGCACAACGUAACUUUCAGCUUUUGUUGAGUUUAGCGGCUCCUUUGGACAAAAGCGGUAGUGCUUUACCAGUAGUGUGGAAUAGGAAUGGGCGAUAUUUUACCGUUCACGAUAAACCGUCAAAAAAAUUCCCCACGGUAAGAAUUUGUAUCUCACGGUAAAAAUGAUAAAUUCCCGUUGAUGACAUUUUUGUGUAAAGCUGAUUUAUAGUUCUGCGUUACGUACGUGAAGGAAGGAAGGAAGGAAGGAAGGAAGGAAGGAAGGAAGGA